AUGUCGUCCUCCUCAGACCAAGACUUCCCACCCGCCGAAAUCCGCGACAUCCUGAACCAAAUCUCCACCCUCCUCAAAGAACGCAACGAAUCCAUCUCCAUAGCCGAGACAGCCGCCGGUGGUCUCAUCUCUUCCUCCCUCCUCUCCACACCCGGCGCCUCGGGAAUAUACAAAGGCGGUCUCACAUUAUACACCCUGCCGUCGAGGAUAGCCUACGCCGGCUGGUCGCAGGAAACAAUAGCAGACUACAAAGGUCCGACGACCGUCAUAGUGAGCGGGCUAGCUAAACACGUCAGGAAAGACCUGGAGAGCACGUACACGAUAGCCGAGUCGGGGACUGCAGGGCCGACGGGUGGCAACACGCCGAAUAGGACGCCUGGCUAUGUGGCGCUGGCCGUUGACUGUGAUAAGGGCACUUUUACCAGGGAGUUGAAUACGGGGUUGGGGGGCGAUAGGGUUGCGAACAUGAAGAGGUUUGCUCUUGAGGCUCUGAUGUUGUUGAAGGAGGUGAUCAAUGGGGAGGCGAAGCUGUGA